AUUUUUGAUUCUAAAUUGCAGAGGACGGGGACCGUUAAAAACUACUAUGGAUGUUAUCAAUGCAGCUAAGAAAAUAUCAGAAGCUGGUACAAAGCUGGAUAAACUUACCAGAGAAAUUGCAGAACAAUGUCCAGAAAGCAGCACAAAAAAGGACUUGCUUGCCUAUUUACAACGUAUUGCCCUAUAUUGUCAUCAAAUCCAAAUAACGUCAAAAGUAAAGGCUGACGUUCAAAAUAUAAGUGGAGAACUUAUAGUAUCUGGGCUGGAUAGCGCAACAUCGUUGAUUCAAGCCGCCAAAAAUUUAAUGAAUGCGGUUGUAUUAACAGUAAAAUACUCAUAUGUGGCCUCGACGAAAUAUACAAGGCAAGGAACUGUGUCUUCUCCAAUUGUAGUAUGGAAAAUGAAAGCUCCAGAAAAAAAACCUUUGGUUAGACCUGAAAAACCGGAGGAAGUUAGAGCAAAAGUUCGCAAGGGGUCUCAAAAAAAGGUUCAAAACCCUAUACACGCAUUGUCUGAAUUCCAAAGUCCCGCUGAUGCUGUUUAAAAUUAAUUAUUUGCCCAUAUCCAUAAAUUAUUGAGAUUGUCUUUUCUCAAAAGCGAUUCGGACGCUGCUACUUAUCCAAUUUUAUCAAAAAACACAUUCUUAUAUUAACAUAUAUAAUUGACAUUAUAAUAAAAUAUUCAAAUAUACGAAAACAAUCUUUU